AGAAGACUGUGCGGAGUAAAGUCAAAACUCCAGUCGUUUUGUGUGGCUACAACGAAGAUACGAGAAAAAACUUCAUCGGAGAAGUUCGCAUUAUGGACCUACAUUGAUUCAAAUCCAAGGAUUUCCUUUUUUACGAUUCUUCUCCACUUUGAUACGGAAGGUUAUAUAAAUGUAGGGACGAAGAAAAGAGCGAGCUCGUUAAGCGACAGAGGAAUUAGUAUUUUGUCCGGCUAAUAACGUUAGUAUAGCGACAGUUCACAGGCGGUUUGCUUGUGGUGCGUUAACGUUUACUGGUGUAACGGAUCCCCGGCGAGGGAACCCCUCAACUUCGACCCGCAGUGUAGUAUUUUUGUUUUGUUGAGGAAGAGUCUCUUCGGGCUUCCGCGCCCUUGGUUUGCCGCUGCGAAAGUUCCCCGGCGGUAAGGUGCAGCCACGCCGGGGGAGGCACAGCGCGACGGCCGCUAUUCCCCGGCUAGCUCGCCUGCUGCUUCUGUUCCCUCGGAUCGGGGCCUGGUCGGUGAGGCGACAAUGCUUGACAUAAUGUCCGAGCACCAAGAUUCACUGUUAUCGUGCAAAACGGAACCAUUGCCCCCAGAGCGGAAAAAGAGGACCGUUGAGGACUUCAACAAGUUCUGCAGCUUUGUCCUGGCGUAUGCAGGUUACAUCCCCAGUCCUAAAGAGGAAAGUUCCUGGUCCCCAACGUCAUCCAGCUCCGCACACAGUUCAGGGUUGUCAGCGGAUGGAGGAGGAGGAGGAGGCGGCGGCGGCGGCGGAGGAGGCAGCAGCUCCACCGGCAACACCUGGGCCGACGGAAGCUCCGACAUCCACACCAUCCACACGUUUGUUCGCAAAGCUCGGGCGAACAAGGGCAAAAGUAUCCGCCGCAUACACUCUGAUAGCACUCUGCUGGACAAGAUGCGCCUUAAAGACUCCCUGUACGAGAGCCAGGCGAGCGCCAAGGCCGAGCGCAAGAAGGACAAAAAGCUGAAAAGGCUGUCGCUGGGUUCCGGCGUGACGGCGGCGGACAGCGGCAGCAGUGAAGGCGAGAAAAGGGCCCGCAUCAAGCGCAGCAAAAACUCCAAACUGCCGAAGCCCAAGAAGCUGAAAAGCGCCACGGCUCAAAGCGAGACAGACUCUGAAGCGCAGCACACACACUCAGAGGUACGACCCGCGGGGGAGGAGCCGACGGAACACGGGGAAGGAGCCCCGAGCCUCGGGAAGCUGCAGCCCGACGAGUCCAUCAGGGAGGCCGAGAUGAGCUCCAGCGAGGGUGAGACCUGGAUCGCCGACGAAGACAUUAUGGUGGAAUCAGGGGACGAUUCAUGGGACUUGAUCACCUGUUACUGUGGGAAGCCAUUUGCGGGGCGGCCAAUGAUCGAGUGCAACCAGUGCGGCAUUUGGGUGCAUUUGUCGUGUGCAAAGAUCAAGAAGUCCAACGUUCCAGACAUCUUUUACUGCCACAAGUGCAGGGACUUGAGGCGGUCUGGACACAAAAAAGACCCGUAGACCGGAAGAGGCUGUGAGGGACGAGGAACAAUCCCCCCUCCGCCUUCUCUCCCUUUGCCUCCUCCCCCUUUUUGCUAUCCUCUUGACACUUGUUUUCUUUGAUGCCUACAGCCAAACCAGCCUAAAUUAUCACGUGGAUGGCAACUUUAUUGUCAGUUUGUAGGAUUUCUUUUGACAAUCACAACCAUUCUUAUUUAUCCCUCACGGUUUCCUUUUUUUCGUUUCUUCCUUCUUUUUUCUUUGGCUACUGUGAAGAACUGGACAGACGGCAACAAUAACAACGGAGACUCAUUUGUGUUUUUUUACUAAUUGAUUGUUUCAUUAAUUGGCUUCAUUGUUGUAUACUGUGCCGGUCGUGUGCACAUAAACUGUCACAUUUAAUCUCAUCCCCUCUAGAGGUGCAUUUUGAGUUGUAAAGUAUUUCUUGAGAAUGUUGACAAAUCAGUGAAAAACGGCCCCGUGGGAACCGCGAUGGCGGAAGUACAGUUUUCUGUUUGAUAGCCAUUUCCUUUCAACUUUCAAUCAAUGCAAGUUUUAAACAUUGGCAAAAUUGGUCGCGUAAGAGGCGGAGAACGUCACCCCUCUUUAUUUGUUCAAGUCUGUCACGAUGUCGGAUGAUGAGCUCAUUUUAUUUUUGAUCGUAUUCUGGCGGUUUACUUUUUUGAGUUUGCAUUUUUGUUUUGGUCGUCAGUGAUGGUCACUGAACUUUAAAACGUAGAGAUUUCACUCUCCUAGUAAAAAAAAAAGUGGUCUUUAAAUUCAUAGAAUCUGUCAACUCUUAUUCAUUUAUUGUUUUGCAACUGCAAAUGUACCUGAAUUUGCUACGUUUCAAAUUGCACACGGACAAGUCUCGCAGCAGUGCACUUUUUAAAUAUGAACCCAAAUACCUUCCCACUGCAUAUUGGGGGGUGUUUGGGACGUGAUGGGCUACGGCUGGUUUAAAUCUGUACUUGGCACGUAGCUGUGUACAUUCAUGACUGAGCGCUUAAUGUUUCUUCCUGUCUGGCUUGUUAAUCAAUGAUAGCCAUUUACCAUGAACAACAUUCACAUCGGAAUGCUACAUUUUGAUGUUUUUCUUUUCAAGUCUUUCUUUUUUUUCUUCUUUUUUUCUCCCCGUGUUUUAAAAACUCACCCGAUACGAGGGCGUAGGGUCGCUUGGUGGCGAAGGGGCUGGGCGGCGCUUUACGAGAUCAGCGGCCCGCGUUAUGAAUGGUUGUAAAAUAUUUGGUUUUUUUUGUUUUCAUGUAAGCUGUUUAUUUCUUAGCUUUCUGAGGAGCGGGAUUAGGGAUGCGCCCCGCGUCAGAGAAUGGACAUAAGAUUGUCUCACAUCGAGAACAAAGUUGUAGUGUACAGAAAAUAUGUUGACGCCGCGUAGGUGGCGGCGUUCGUUUAUGUUGUUUGGUUUUACCAUGUGCUUUUUUUUUCUUUUGUUGGUGGGAGAGUCUUGUUCUCCAGUAGCAGUUGCACUCUCUCUACAACUUCAAUUCUGUGUACAUAUCCUGUUCUUUGACAACUGUACAUAUGUGAAAGUGAAGAGAGAAAAUACCCAAGCAAAAUCUAUAUUUUCUGCAGUCUGAUAUUGUUUUCUUUAAUUGUAGCUUGAAAAAUAAAAGUCUUUGGGAACAUAA